GCCGCUAUACUCGUUGAAGUCUUAUGUCUCUUACCUGGGUAGCCAAGUACUCAGGCUAUAGUAUAGUGGGGAGAUAUUCCUAUGGCGGGUCUCUGAAAGAUAUGGCAAACUUAUAAAAUCUCCCUUCUGUCGUAGACGUCUUUUGUUCGCCGUCAUUAUUGUAAAGAGCUUGGACGAAGGUAUGGCUGUUCGUAACCAUGAUUGUCUCACAGAACAACGCCGUAUUUGCUAGCCAUAGCUCUCUUAAGAAUGACAUCAACGUGUCUGUAAGCUCGAUAUCGAGCCCCCCAUCUCCGGACUACGCUUCGUUUUUGAAGUCCAACAGACAUGAGAGGAAAAUCAUCUUCGAUCUUCUCAUCCCAGAACUCGGCUCUGGAAUUUCAGCGGCCGUCAAAGCAUUUACGGCUUGGACUAUUCUCCUGUCGUCCCACGGAUGCACGGCGGAACUUAGCAUAUUCGCCCCUGGAUCAGGAGAAUUCACCGGCCCCCUCAACAUACCUUUCCAAUGGAGCUCCCAAGCUGGGGACCUUACACGCCAAGUCAAGUCUAAACUUAAGGAUGCUCUCCUAGGUGCGGUAGAGGCAACAUCCUCAGAUGAUGCCAGUACAUCGAGUGAAGAACGAGAGGGGGAAUAUACGUUUUUAAUCUCUAUCACUCGAGACCAACUUGGCUCCAGAGAAAUCUUACUCGAGUGCUACAUACACGAUGACCAAAUUUGUACGAGGGCAGUUACUCACGGUAGCCCCUCUGACAAGGCUUUAUCCCUUCACCUCUUUAGGCGGCAAUAUGAGUACAUUGUUCGCCAGAUUUGCCUUCCCGAUGGCGGUGAGAAGCCGCUUGUCGACUUGAAGGCCAUCUCAGUCCAAGACCUUGAUUACAUCUGGUCUUGGAAUGCUCGACCCCCGCGGGGAGUCGACGAUGUAUGUAUACAUGAAGCAUUCAUGGAGAGAGCACGACGGCAUCCUGAUCUGCUGGCUGUUUCAGCACACGAUGGCGACUUGACAUAUCGUGAGCUAGAUGAUCUGUCGACUCGUCUGGCUCAUGUUCUUAUCCACCACGGACUCCAACCCCAUAGCACUAUCAUUGUCUUCAUCGAAAAGUCAAAAUGGGUCCCUGUCGCCCAACUAGCAAUUAUGAAAUCUGGAUGCGUUUCUACCGUACUAGAUGCGUCUCUCCCACUUCAACGGCAGCAGGCUAUUGCCGAGCUAGUCCAACCCUCAGCUAUCUUAACGUCGCCAACAUGCGAAGAUCAAGCCAAAGCUUUGGGUCUGGGUUGUGCCCAAUUCGUUCUGGAUCACACCUCAAGCAAGCACUGGCCCACCGCUCAACCCACAUCCCUUCCAACAGUCAGCCCCUCGUCCUGGCUGUACAUAGUUUUCACAUCAGGAAGCACAGGCACUCCCAAAGGCGCUAUUAUUAGCCACGCGAACUAUGCCAGCGCGGUUGCUACUCAGCAGAAAGGCCUAGAUUUCAGAGAAUUUGAUCGAGUCUUCGACUUUGCCUCAUAUGCAUUCGACGCUGCCUGGUGUAACUUUAUACAUUCUAUCAUGAUCGGAGGCUGUCUCUGUAUCCCUUCCGAUGAAGAACGGAAAGGAGACCUUGCGGGAGCUCUUCGUAAAUACCAAGUCAAUUAUGCUGUCCUCACUCCUUCAGUGGCUUGGUUCCCUGCUUCCGAGCUCCCUGCCAGUCUCCGUACUAUCCAUUUUGGAGGAGAACCACUUAAAGCGGCCCUUGUCAAGGAGUUGUCUACCAAGUCAACAGUCAUCAACGCCUAUGGUCCCGCCGAGUGCUCAACCGUCAGCACUGCAAUUGUGGCGGAUCCUAACGAUGACAACGACCCAACAAUUGGUACUGGUCUUGGCGUUUGUACAUGGGUCACCAAAUUAGAUGGGAGUGACCUUGUGCCUAUCGGAGAGAUAGGAGAGUUGUGGGUUGAAGGUCCUAUAAUCGGCCAAGGAUAUCUGCGCAACCCUGAGGUGACAGCCCAGACGUUUGUCGAGAAUCCAAAAUGGCUUCUACGUGGUUGCCCUAGCCUCUCGGGCAUCAAAGGCCACACUGGCCGCCGGGGACGUCUUUAUCGGACGGGUGAUCUUGUUCGUUACAGGCUGGAUGGCAAUUUGGAGUUCGUAGGCCGCAAGGACUCUCAAGUCAAGAUUCGUGGCCAGCGUGUUGAACUUGGAGAGAUUGAGUACAAUCUUCAGCGCGCCUUAACGGACGAGGCCAGGGCCAAGAAUGUGCAGAUUAUCGCCGAGGUCAUUAAGCCGGAUGGCAGCGAUGUAUCAACGCUUGUAUCUUUUAUUUUCAUGGCGGUCAGUUCAGGAGUGUCGUCGGAGGAUGCGAGGCCAAUCCUUCACGAAGCUCUAGUGGGCAUUGAAGACCGCCUAUCCAAAUUUGUACCACCUUAUAUGAUACCCUCAGCCUUUUUUCCUGUUGAAGAAGUACCGAUGACACCUACUGGGAAAGUGGACCGUCGACGCCUUCGCGAAAGCGGCGCGAAGCUAUACUGGCAACAACUGAAUGCCCAAUCAGUGCCGGAAGAAGAAGAAGAAGAAGCGGUUUCUGAAUUAGAGGCCAAGAUCCGUCAAGUUUGGAGCGAGGUCUUGAAUCUUCCUAUCCGAAGUAUUAGCUUGGACUCGGCGUUCACGCGUCUGGGCGGCGACUCUAUUACCGCCAUGCAGGUCGUCUCGCGUUCGCGCUCGCAAAAUAUUUCUAUUAAAGUUGCAGAUAUCCUGAAAUUCCAAACAGUCCGGCUUCUAGCCCAGUCUAGCAAGCCUGUUCAAGAGAAGGUGAAUUUGGAGAGUACACAAACCGACGAGAGCAAAUCUUGGUCCUUAACGCCUAUUCAGCAAAUAUUCUUUGACAACAAUCCUCAAGGCGUUAACCAUUAUACCCUUAGUUUUAUCGUCAAAUUGGUUAGACAGACCACUCAUCAGGAAUUACUUGAGGCGCUCCUAACUCUCACUACUCGUCAUAGCAUGCUCCGUGCCCGGUUCCGUAAGCACACCGAGGAGUCUACCUGGGAGCAAUAUAUUGCACCAGCUGGACCUAACUCAUUUCUCCUCAAAGAGCAUGAUUUCAUAGACCGCUCGUCUACUGAGCUUGUGGUCCAAGAGCGACAAGCAGGUUUGGACCUCGUCAGUGGUCCCGUCUUUGCCGUGGACGUCUUUAAUAGUCCUGAUGGAGCGCAAACCCUUCUCAUGAGCGCACACCACGUCGUGAUGGACCUGGUAUCCUGGCGUAUUAUUUGGCAUGAGCUAAGCCAAUACCUAUCGGGUGCCACGCAUCUACCACCGCUCGAGCUCUCCUUCCAAGCGUGGUGCAGACUGCAGCGGGAGGAGGGCGAGAAACUCUGUCCUGCAACUGUUCUGCCAUUUGAUAUUACCCCAGCGAAUUUCGAUUACUGGGGCGUGAAGCCUGGCGAGGUGUUCUUUAGGGACGCUGAGUUGAACCUGUCUGUCGUUGACGCUGAAGCAACUGCUCUGCUUCUAGGCGCGAGUAAUGAUAGUUUCCGAACCGAGAUUUUAGACAUUCUCGUGGGAACCCUUAUCUUCAGUUUUGCACAGACCUUCCCUGAUCGACGUCCUCCCCCUGUAUUCCUCGAAGGCCAUGGUCGUGAGCCCGUAGCCGGGAUGGAUGACUUUGAUUUGUCUGAAGUUGUCGGAUGGUUUACUUCUAUUCAUCCUAUUGAGCUUGGUGGUGGUCCGGAAAACUCCAUUCUUGACAUGAUCAAGUUCGCCAAGGAUGUCCGCAGUAGAGUGCCUGGUAAAGGCAGACCCUACUUUGCCUCUCGCUUCUAUAGCGAAGCCGGAAGGAAAGCCUUUGAGUCUCACAAGCAUGUUGAACUAAUUUUCAACUAUCGAGGUUCAUUCCAGCAGCUCGAAGACGCCAAAUCCAUCAUCAAGCUUGAAGACAGGGAGGACCGCAAUGUGUUUAUUCCUGGAGAUGGCGCCGAUUAUCAGCGGCCUUCUCUUAUUGACAUAAAUCUCGUCGUCCAGGAAGGUAAGUUACAGAUCUUCACAAGCUCUCAUAAACACAUGCGAAACCAUGAGUCGGUACUUCGCUGGGCGGACUUAUACGCAAAGACCCUUACAAGUGUCGCGCAUGAACUUGCCAACUUGCCAGUUCGCCACACUCUCGCCGACUUCCCACUCCUCGACAUUUCGUAUACUGGCCUAGAGGCGCUCACUGCACAACUGGAGAGUGAAGGAAUUAAAGUGACCGAUGUGCGGGAUAUCUAUCCCUGCACUCCUAUGCAGGAGGGUAUCCUUAUUAGCUCCAACAUAGGCACUGCAUCCUAUCACAGCGUCAACAUUUGGCAAGCGACCUCUACAGGAUCAGCGGUCUCUGCCUCUCGUCUUAAGGAAGCAUGGGAGAGGGUCUCGCGCGCACAUCCUGUAUUCUCUACCGUGUUCUCAACGAAUCCUGAUACUGGCCGCUAUGUUCAAAUUGUAUUGAACCAUUUCAAUGAGGCCACAAUCUCGCAGGCUACAGAUUCUGAGACGGCCGUUGAGCAUCUGACCAAUAUGGAAGGCUUCAAAACCUCUCCUUCUCAGCCGCAUUGUUUCUUCACGAUAUGCACUGGCAAGGAGGGCGACAUCGCGUGUCGGCUGGAAAUGACACACGCCCUUAUGGAUGCCUUGUCUAUACCGGUUAUAAUAGGGGAUCUUGAGAACGCAUACUCAGGACAGAGUCUAUCGUUGCGCCCGCCCUUCCGGAACUAUGUUGAACAUAUCCAAAGCACCUCAGCUCAGAAUCGAUUGUCUUACUGGAAGCAGUACCUAGCUGACGUCAAGAGCUGUAACUUACCGGGAGACAAGGCCUUGAAUCGCUCAAAGACAGAGCGUAAAGGUAAGUAUGAGUGGAUAACUCUGCCAACUGCUGUUACAGCACCUAUUUCCAGUAUAUGUCGCGAAAAGGGGCUGACUCGGUCCGCGUUUCUUCACCUUGCCUGGUCAUUGGUGCUUUCGCAUUUCACUGGUAUGCGACAGGUAUUAUUUGGCUAUAUCUCGUCUGGUCGCGAUACUCCAAUUGAUGGCAUCGAGGAUAUUGUUGGUCCCUUGAUCAACAUGCUGAUCGCGCGCGUCGAUUUGGAGCAGUCUUUGCCUGAUAUAAUAGCUGCCAUCAACAAGUACAACAUUGAGCAUUUGGAGAACCAAUAUGUGUCGCUGGCAGAGAUUCAACACGAGAUCUCAGUAAAGCAGCUUUUCAAUUCGAAUAUCACGGUUCGUGAAGCUCGUGGAGUCUCCUCUGCUGCUGAUGGAAGCAUUCAGCUCGAGGAAAUCUCAGAGGAGGACCCGCAUGAGUACGAUUUGGUCUUGGCUGGUACCCUUGACAAGGGCGAUACCGAAGUCAGCUUUCAAUAUCGAACUGACUUUAUCAGCCCGACAAACGCCUGGGCAAUCCAAGUCGCCUUAGAAAAUGCUAUCAACUUCCUCGGUUCCGUGACGGAGCAAGAUACACCGGCUGCUGCAUCGUACGCUAAGUUCAACGAGUCGUUUUAUGAUGCCUACUUCUACCAUACGGUCGGUACGGACGAAGCAUAUGCUGUCGAACAGUGGAAAGCUCAGUUCCAGGGUCUUGAACCCGGCUGUCAUUUCCCAGUGCUACCCCCGACGUCUCUCAAACCAGUUGCCAAUGCCGCGGCUUCUCAUGUAAUUGAGAACUUGGAAUGGAGAAACGCCUAUGAUGUGAGCGCGCAAAUACUUGCAUCAUGGGCUCUUCUGCAAGCGUCUUAUGGAAGUUCUACCGACGUAUUAGUCGGUGCUAGCUCGCUAGGCGGCGAAUUUGGAGCGACAAGUGGUAGAAUCCCAGCGCCAAUUCGGACGAAGGUUGAUCUCAACCAGAGCGUCUCGUCUUACCUUGACUCAGUCCAAUCAACUGUAGUAACUUGGUCAAAGCUGCCUCUACUUGCAAUUCAUAGGCUGCGUGAGCUAAGUGACGAAUCGGCUCUUGCCGGCGACUUCCAGACCGUGUUGAGUUUCAGCAGAGCGUCAGCCCAAGACGAAGGGAAAGACUCGCAUGCUGAUUCUAACACGAGCCGGGCGCUGUUUAUAGACUUCGCCGUUGUUGCCUCUGGUGUUAAACUAAAUGCUAAAUUUGACGAGCAUGUUAUCAGUACCGAACAAGUCACCAGGCUCCUUUCGCAGCUUGAGGCAGUGCUUCGUCAAAUCAGUUCAACCGUCAAGUCCUCCUCGACUUUAUCUGAGAUUGAUACCAUUACUGCAAAAGAUCUCGAAACUAUCUUUGCUUGGAACGCGACGCCGUAUAAAGAAGUCCAAGAUCUCAUCCACAAUCUCAUCGCAAGAACAGUCCAGACAAUGCCAGACGCUCCCGCUAUAUCAUCUUGGGAUGGACAGCUCACAUACCGCCAGCUUGACCGACUUUCAACUCGUUUGGCCCAUCGAUUGGUUCAGCUUGGCGUCGGCCCUGAAGUUAUCGUGCCGUUUUACUUCGAAAAGUCUAUGUGGGUGCCAGUUUGUGUAGUAGCCGUGAUGAAGGCUGGAGGGGCUGGUGUGAUGAUUGACAGCACACAGCCUAUCGAACGAGCUAGUAGCAUCGUCAGUCAAGUAAAUGCUACACUCGCUUUGACAUCAGCCGACAACGUGGAGAGAGCUGCGAACUUUGAGAGAGUACGGCUCCUUGUCAUCGAUAAAGCUCAUAUGGACUCGUUACCAGAUCCAGAGGCAGGUCAGUCUCUACCACAAGAAGUUCAGGCGUCGGACCUCCUCUACGUCUCCUUCACGUCAGGAAGUACGGGCAAGCCAAAGGGUGCUAUGAUUACACACUCCAAUUUUGCAGCUUCUAUCCGAAACCAACAGAAAGCUCUCGGAUUUAGAGCUGGCCAGAGAGUCUACGAUUUCGCCUCUUAUGCUUUCGACGCUAGUUGGUCAAACGUGUUGCACUCACUUACAUCCGGUAGUUGCUUAUGUAUCCCAUCAGAACACCAGCGAAGUAACGCGCUUUUGGAGUCCAUCAGGGAUAGCAAAGCUACACUUUUAAACGCGACUCCCUCCGUUCUGCGCCAUCUUGACCCUAAGCAGCUCCCUGACAUUGAGCAGGUUUUGAUGGGUGGAGAAGCCUGGGCCGAGGCAGAUUUCCUUGAUUGGAUUGACAACACAAAACUGAUCAACAGUUAUGGUCCGGGUGAAUGUACAAUCAAAUCCUGUCUUAUUCGCGCAUUCCGAGGUAUGGUCCCCAACACUAUCGGAGUUGGCAUAGGUCUCCAUACGUGGAUCGUGAGAACGGAUGGUUCAGAGAGGCUUGCUCCAUUGGGCUCCGUCGGUGAGCUUUGGCUGGAGGGACCCCAGGUCGGACGUGGUUAUAUAGGAGAUGAGACAAGAACUGCUGCCACGUUCUUGACGAGACCGAAGUGGACGGACGACAGCAAUGCGCCUUGUCGUUUCUACCGCACUGGCGACCUGGUUCGUUAUGGCGCUGACGGCGCUCUCGUAUUCGUUAGUCGCAUAGACUCACAGGUCAAGAUUCGCGGCCAAAGGACAGAGCUUGGUGAAGUCGAGCAUAGUCUGAAGAGAGCCCUUAAUGCUGGUGAUCUUAAGGCUCAAGUUAUUGCUGACGUCUUCAAACCCCUCAACGGUGAUAAUCCUAUUCUCGUUGCAUUCUUGAAGGCCGAGGAACCAGACGCCAGGCACAAGCUUGCCGGGGUGGACGAGCGGCUCGCAGAAAUGGUACCCCAAUACAUGAUUCCGACCGCUUAUAUCGCCCUAGAGGAAUUCCCCAUGACUGCUACUGGCAAGAUCCACCGUAGAGCUUUGCGUGCAACUUACGAGCAAAAGACGCUGGAGCAACUUGUCGCCCAAGACGUGUUCCGCGUAACUGCUCAUCGGGCUCCGAGGACCCCAUCUGAGAAGUUCUUACAGGGUCUCUGGGCGGAUAUUCUGAAGAUUGAUCCAGCCACAAUUUCGGCUGACGACAGCUUUCUCCGCAUUGGAGGAGAUUCGCUUGGGGCUAUGAGGCUUGUUAGCUCUGCCCGAAAGCGCAAUGUUUCGCUCAGUGUGGCUGAUAUCUUCAGGAGGCCCAAGCUCAGCGCUUUGGCAGAGUUGAUUGAAUCGCAAAAGCCCACUUUGGAAUCAACUGAGUUUGUCAUUGAGCCUUUCUCACUCAUUGAUAGCAAAAUCUCGGUGGAAGAGGCCAGAAAUCAAGCAGCGCGACUCACAGGCCUUGAGGUCGCCGAUAUUGAAGAUGUCUUCCCUAGCACACCUUUGCAAGCAGGAUUGCUGGCUGAGACUGUCCGAAGACCAGGUGAUAACAUUCUAACUGAGACGUGGAAUUUCAGAAAAGACGUCGAUGUUAGUCGUUUCCGUGCCGCAUGGGAAAAUGUCGUUCGAGCACACCCUAUUCUAAGAACUAGGAUCAUCGAGCUUCCUCAUCAAGGCCUCGUCCAGGUCAUUGUCCGACACGAAAGCAGCGGCAUUGAAAACGGCGUACCAGCGCAGCAAUUUGGACUUGGCACCCCCCUGGUCAACUAUAAAAUAUCGGAGUCUUCUUUCUCAUGGAGCAUUCACCACUCUCUCUAUGAUGGAUGGUCUGAGCCCCUCAUCUUCGACUCUUUGGUCAGAAGUUACCGGUCAGAGCCAAUUGAAGAUGCUGCUCCUUUCCAGGCCUUUAUAAAGUAUGUCCAAGACUCCAACGGAGCCGGGGCGAAGGAAUUCUGGGAAAAUCAGUUCCAGAACUUUAACGCGCAGAAUUUCCCCAUCCUUCCUUCGAAGACCUACAAGCCAAGAUGUGACCAGCGUCUGGAGAUCGACAUCAAGGACAUCGUCUCCGAUGAUGACUACACGGCGGCCACGAAGAUCAGGCUUGCCUGGGCCAUCUUGUUAUCGACAGUCACUAACUCUGCAGAUGCUUCGUUUGGUGCAACAGUAUCCGGUAGACAAGCGAAUGUACCCGGAAUGGAGAAUAUUAGCGGCCCAACAAUCGCCACAGUACCGCUACGAGUGGCAAUCGAUCGCUCAAAGACCGUAGAAGAAUUACUUCAACAAGUACAGUUACAGGCUGCAGAUAUGAUGCCGUUUGAACAAACCGGACUUCAGCAAAUACGACGUAUCAGCGAAAACUGUGAUCUCGCGUGUCAGUUCCAGUCACUCAUGGUCAUCCAGACCGGACGCAACCAGGAUGCGGAAGAUAUUCUAUUCGAAUCUUCUUUCGUAGAACCCGAAGCUGAAGGCCUUGACCCUUUUAGAAACUAUGCCAUUCUCCUAGAGGUCCUACUUAAGCCGGAAAGCAUUUUCCUUCGCGCUGACUACGACUCUAACGUGGUAUCUCCAUCCCAAUUCCGUCGUCUUGCUGACCGAUUUGAGAACAUCUUGAGGCAAAUCUCCUUGCCUGAAGUCCAGGACAAGCCUGUUUCUCUGAUCGAUACAAGUAGCUUGGAGGACCUGAAGCAGAUCUGGAGCUGGAACGAUACUUUCCUAGAGAGAGCCGAGAAAACGAUCCACGGCAUCUUUGGAGAAAUCGCCGCGCAACAACCUGAUGCCCCAGCCGUUUGCUCAUGGGAUGGUGAUUUCACUUAUGCUGAACUAGAUGGCGUAUCCACACGAAUUGCCUACGAAAUACUCCGGGCUGGUCUCCCACAAUCCGGCCAACGCAUCGUACCCUUGUUCUUUGAAAAGUCAAAAUGGACAUCCGCCUCCCAACUUGCCGUCAUGAAAGCCAACGGCACUUGUGUUACGCUUGACGCUUCUCUUCCCGUUGCCCGUCUGCAGACUGUCAUGGACCUUACUUCGCCUCAAGUCAUCAUAACUUCCGCUGAGCAGGAAUCUCGAGCACGAGAAGUAGCCCCAUCGACCGCACAGAUCAUAGUAGUGAGUGAUACCCACGUCCCUGCAUUUGAAGUCCCCGGAGAUCCGUCUCUACCGAAUGUAGACCCGGAUACUUGGCUCUACGUGGUCUUCACAUCCGGUUCGACAGGUGUUCCCAAGGGUGCGAUCGUCAGUCACUCCAACUUCGCAAGCGCUAUUAAAUAUGGUCAAGAGGCGCUCAGAUAUAGCCCCGAAACUCGCACAUACGACUUCUCAUCUUACGCCUUCGACGCCUCCUGGCUUAAUGUGCUAUACACCCUUUGCGGAGGUGGAUGUCUCUGCGUCCCAUCUAACUACGAAAUCCAAAACGAGCCCAAGGAAGCAGUUGCUCGCAGGGGUGCAAACUCUGCGCUCAUGAUCCCCUCAGUUUCCCGAUUUAUGCACGGAGUAGACUUCAAAGUUAUCAACUUCGGUGGUGAAAAACUGGGACGUGACGAGAUUGACUAUUGGAAAGAUCAUGCUAUCCUCCUUCACUCGUACGGUCCAUCUGAGUGCACGCCCAUUGCGAUCCAUACCACACUCGAUCCCGCACGUGAACGUAUCGUUAUUGGUAAGGCCCUCGCGACGCGAAUUUGGAUCGUCGAACCAGAGCGUGGCCACUCAUUGGCAGCUGUGGGCGAUAUCGGCGAGCUUUGGAUCGAAGGACCUACUGUCGGCCAAGGCUAUCUUAACGAGCCGGAAAAAACGAAAGCAUUAUUCGUCGAAGAUCCACAAUGGCUCGUACAGGGAUGCCCUGGAUACCCCGGCCACCGUGGACGUCUGUACCGUACAGGUGAUCUUGUUCGGUACGAAGAGGACGGUAGUGUCGAGUAUAUUGGACGAAAGGAUGCCCAGAUCAAAAUUCGUGGACAGCGUGUCGAGCUUGAAGAGAUAGAGCAUCAUGUCCACGAUGCUAUCGGAAAGGAUAUUGCAUCUCAAGUCAUUGUGGACAUCAUCAGGCCAUCUGGUUCUACUGAAGCUGCUCUAAUUGCCUUCAUCAAGCUUUCCCGGGGAGGAAUCGUUUCUGGCACACCGGAGGCGUAUGUCUACGCGCAGGAGCUUGCUUCUUCUGCCAACCGUCUUCUAUCUACCACAGUACCAGGUUACAUGAUUCCGAAUGGUUAUAUGAUCGUGGACAGCAUUCCGAAUACAGCAUCAGGAAAGGUCGACCGUGGCAAACUGCGCGAAGCCGCUUUAGCCAUGCGAAAGGAGGAUCUCCUUCGCGUAGACAGCAUUGGAAGACGUGCACCAGAAACCCCCAAUGAAGUCAAGCUCCAUGCUAUUGUUGCUCGAGUGCUUUCUUGGAGCGGGGAAUCUUUUGGCAUGGACAACAACUUCAUCCAGCUUGGUGGCGACUCUAUCAGCGCCAUGAGACUGGCUUCAAUCGCCCGCGACGAAGGAAUUCCCCUAACGGUCGCAGAUAUCCUUACCAAAGACCGGAUCGCUGAUCUUCUCCUAACGGAUUCGGAGGCCGACCUUUUCAAUGAAAGUGAACAAUCGCUUUUUGGCUUGCUAGACGUGCCAGAUCUUAGAGCUUUCAUUGAGGAAGAAGUGAUACCGCAAAUUCUACCCGGCCGUGGAAAACUUAUUGAUGUUCUUCCAACAACAGACAUGCAAUCUGCCUACCUCAAAGAUAACCUUGUUACACCCCGACGGUCUUGGUUCUACAGCUAUAUUGACUUUGACCAAAUUGCAGAUGAACAGCGCCUUAUCCAGAGCAUUGAAAAACUGGUUGAACACUGCGACAUCUAUCGAACAGCCUUUAUUCGCUCUGGUGAUUCCUUCUUCCAGGCCGUCUUUGACUCGUGGAAGCCUACCAUCAACGUCAUCAACGAUGUGGAUUCUGCCGAAAUUGCUUUUGACAAGGUCAUAGAAGAAGAGACCAACUCUCCCAUCUCUCUAGGAGCUCCGUUGAUACAAUUUACGCUUAUAAAAGAGCAGAACGGAAAAUCCAAGCUUGCCUUUGGCAGGUCACACGCGGUUUAUGACGGUAUCAGCAUAGGACAAACCUUGAAAGUUUUGGCCGGUAUCUACAAUGGCUCGACUCCGGAGAUCAAAGACUUCAGACAAUACGUGAACCACACUCAAUCAAAUAAGGCACGGAGCUACUCUUAUUGGCGCAAGGCCCUUGAAAAUUCUUCGAUUACCACGCUACCUUACGGCUCGGCGUCGCCCGCACAGGAUGGUCCGCCUAUUGUGCUUAAACGCUCUAUUCCUACACCUAGAACUCCCUCUGGAAUUACACAAGCCUCUCUAUUCACACUAGCCUGCGCCACUGUCCUCAGUCGCCUUACUGGGUCUCAGGACGUUAUCUUCGGCCGCGUUGUCUCCGGACGCGCAGCCGUUCCUGCUUCCCUUCAGGAUGUCGUUGGUCCUUGCCUGAACCGAAUUCCCGUCCGUGUACAAUUUACUCCAGGUCAGACCAAAUCCGAACAACUUGCAGCCCUACAAAAGCAGUACGUUGAGAGCAUUGCACACGAAACGACCGGUCUAUUGGACAUCGUCAAGCACUGCACAGACUGGCCGCAAGACACAAAAGAUUUUGGUUGCUGGUCGCAGUACCAGAACAUUGACGAGAACCCUGAACUAGAUCUGCCCGGCGCGAAGGGCGGAUUAGGAAGUCCAGAAAUGUACCAUAUUCCGUUUGCGGCUAACUUCUUGGAGAUCUUCGCGAUCCCGAGCAGCGAUGGUACGCUCACGGUGAGACUUAUUGCAGGAUCUGGAUAUGCGGAAGAUGUAAGAAAUGAGUUGAUUGAAGGAGUUUGUUCGGAGUUGACGGAUGUAUUCUGA